AUGAACAUGUCAGCGGUUGAAUUUCCCCUUCCUCCACCUGACGAUAAGGAGGGAAGUAAUGCUGCCUCGACUUUAUGCGAUUCUCCGCGACCUCUUCCUGAACCACCUGUAACUUUACGUCUCAACAUGACUGUUCUACUACCCGUUGUAAUUAAAGAAAUCUCUGUGACCUCCGCCUGCGUUAUCUAUUUCUCCUCCCAGAUGGCGUUAGAAUCAGUGGGCGUACCGGAACUGCAACAGGCACCGACCUUUGAAUUUCCUCCUCCACCACAAACAACGCCACCUCCCGUAUCAACCAACACCGGUUUGCCCGCUUCCCUGUCAUCUCCCGCCCCGCUUAAAACGGGUGAAUAUCGUACUCCAACCAAGUCUGUUGGCGCGCUUUCAAGGUCCACCGAUUGCAUAGAUGUCCACGACAACACACUUUCCGUAUCACGUAAGUUUAAUUCCCUGGGGGUUUUGACUUCCUCAUGCCGUCCAGACCUCCCUUUACGUCGUUUUGCGCCUUUUUCCCCUGUAAAUAUUAGCUUAACAGAUUGUAUACGUCUUACGCUUUAUUUUCCGAUGACCAUUUUAGUCGCCCAUGGUCAACUCAGCCGUCACUGUGUCCUGUCUGAGGUUCUGUAG